CAAGCGUUUGUUUGACAUAGACUGUUUACAUCGCAUACCAUAGAAAUCACAGAAAAAUAAAGACAAUGAACAAAUAAUAGCAUAUUCUGAUUCCCAGAAUAUAGACAUAAAUGGAAUAAAAGAUAACUUAAAAACAUAAUCAAGGUAGAAAGAAGACAUGUCUGGAUCUUUGUCUGUGGUGUCAUUUGAGGGAGAACUCAAUGCCAUUGUACAAGAGUACCUGGAGUUUGUGACAUUUGACAAGACGUUGGUAUCUUUCCAGAAAGAAUGCGAAACAAAGCAGAAACCUAUCACUACACAAAGUAUAAAGUCAAAAUCAAACCAGAAAUUGCUGGCUAUUCAGAAUGAAUUGAUGCAAAAUUUCCAUAAAGGAAAAAGAGACAGAUUUCUGAAGUUAUGGAGUGAGAAUUUGGCAGCGUCUGUCAAAGACCAGGACCCAGUAGCCAAGAAACUAGAAUUUUAUGUCAAUAUAUAUUUUGCUGUGUAUCCGAUAAAGUUUGCCAGAGGUCAGAGAGAUGCUGACAGAGCGAUGGGAGAUUUUAAGAAGUACUUAGAAACUCGAGGUGCUACACUGAGUCAGACCACAGAAUUCUUACCAUACUAUGCUUUACCAUUUGUACCCAAUGCCAAAGGUCAUCCAUCUUACAAAGAAUUGUUCACUGACACAUGGGUAAAGGAUUUAGAGUUGAGACUCGAAAAGUUCCUGACAUUAACGCUGAAGUCAACACCACAACCUAAACUGUUUGAUCUUUAUAGAGGAAAUAAAGUUGGCGAUGAAAAUGAGCAAUUUCAACAGAUAUCCCGAUUACAGCAGCAGUUAGUCGACUCAGAAAGGAAGACAAUGUCCUACAUUAAACGACACAACCGUGUACAGGCUGACUACCACAAUUUGAUAGGGAUAACAGCAGAUCUGGUGGAAGCUCUUGAAUCAACAGUCCAAGGAAAACCAAUAUCUCCUGAUUAUCUCCAAGAGAUUUGUUCUCGACUAUUUAGUGGACAUAUGCAGAAUUCUGUGGAUUUCACACGACCUGGUACAGCUAGUCAAAUGCUUCGCCAGUCAAUGGCUCCAACCAUGAAUUCUAUGUCAGUUAGUCAAAUCUUGCGCAUAUCAAUUGGCGCUUUGAGUAAUUUACAAGAGCCUGAGACAUAUACUGCUUUAGAUUAUGAAAAAAUUAAAUAUGAAAUGGCCAAUGCUGAAGUGAGAAGGAAGGUUUUACUUCUACAGGCUAUCAGAUGGAGAUUAACUCAGUCUAAUCCACAACAGAGAGACUCUUCUAUGACUACUUACAGAGAUAAUGAUCUGCUUGGCUGUUCUGUGGCUGGGACACACAGGGAUGCAGUGCUUGCCUUAUUGACCUCUAGUGAUGAACUAGUAAAAGAAGGAGCUGCCAGAUUAUUUAAUGCUUUUGCUUCCCUUUGUGCAGGUAGAACCUAUCUUGCACAGAACCAAGAUUUAUUCAAAACUUUGUUAGAUAAUUUACGAGGUGAAGAAAAGGAAUCAGUAACAAGAGAAAUGGUACUUGGAGCUUUACAGAAACUCUCUUUAAGGAGAAACUUACAGACAGCCAUGAUAGAAGCUGGAUUAAUAGAAUGGCUAGUCAAGGUUCUAGAAGACAACGAUUCUUUAUCCGACUACACGCUGGAAUACUCUGUUGCUUUGUUAAUGAAUCUCUGUCUCAGAACAUCAGGGAAAAAGCGCUGCGUCCAAAACGCUGACCAGACUUUGAAAGUCCUAAGUGAUUUACUAGGGCAUGAAAAUCAAGAAAUCCGUCCCUAUGUGAAUGGUGCCUUAUACAGCAUUUUAGCUGUCCCGUCCAUCAGAGAUGAAGCUAAGGCCAUGGGUAUGGAAGAAAUUCUUCGCUGUUUUAUUAAAGAGGACCAGCCUGAUAUGAAUAGACAGAUAGAAUUUAUAAUCAAGCAGCUGAACUCAAUAGAGACUGUAGAUGAGUACGAUUCUGAUGACGAGGAAGAGGAAGAAGAAGAGGAAGAUCAAGAUGCCAUGGAACUGGACAUAGACAAAGAUGAAUCAUUUAAACCUGAAGAUAAUGAAAUGUCUGGAGAAAAACUACUGACCACAGAAUAUCUAGCAACAAAAACAGGACCAAUCAGACACAAGAAAAAGCAUAUAGAUUUAGUUAUGGCUAAUGAGUUAUUACAAAGACCUGUCACACCUAGUCAAAGAAGAGCGGAGAAUCAGCCAUCAGCAACACAGCCAAUGACCCCUGUGGUGACCAGUCGACCUCCAUCUCAGAGCAGUGUUAUGAGACCACCAACAAGAAGUGGGAGUCGACCCAAUACGCAAGAUAGUCAAAGAGACACAGCUAGAACAGAAGAUGGCAGACCUUCUAGUAAGAGCAGUCAAAGGUCAACAGGAAGUAAAAGUUCUUUGAAAGCACCAAGCAUUGCAGAACACCCAGAAUACAAACAAGCCUUUGGAUCUAAGCCUAGGAUUCUUAGAACUCCACAUGGGAGGGAAGGCACACCAUCUAAUCCAGGAACACCACAGCUCAGGACACCAGAUAGUUCAAGGAGGCCCACCAGUAGAGGGUCAGUUGGUAGUCUACCCCCACAGCCACAAUACUCCGAAUCUGGACCAAGACCAAGUUCAGCUGGAAAGUCAGGUUUAUGUAUCUGGUGAUUUAAUCCUAUCACUUCUUAGGUGGAUCUAUUUCUGGUGGAUCAAGGAAGCUCUCAACAGGAAGUGUACAUAACCAGGAUGCAUAGACAAGGGGGAUUACUCUGACUUGUGAUAGUUCAUAGAACAUUCCAGUUUUAUAUGCCUUAGUUAUAUUUUAGUGCUAUUUAUAAAUGUUUUAAUGAAUUUUUAUUGCAGUGAUUUUGAAAUAUGUGCAUUUAUUCUUCUUAAAAUAUGUUUCAUCUGUUUAAAUUUGUUCAUAGUUUUAAAAGUCAGUUUGUACUGUACUUGUUGAAAGUUAUAAAAGUCAGUUUGUACUGUACUUGUUGAAAGUUAUAAAAGUCAGGUUGUAUUGUACUUGUUCAUAGUUAUAAAAGUAAGGUUGUACUGUACUUGUUCAUAGUUAUAAAAGUCAGGUUGUACUGUACCUGUUCAUAGUUAUAAAAGUCAGGCUGUACUGUACUUGUUCAUAGUUAUAAAAGUAAGGUUGUACUGUACUUGUUCAUAGUUAUAAAAGUAAGGUUGUACUGUACUUGUUCAUAGUUAUAAAAGUAAGGUUGUACUGUACUUGUUCAUAGUUAUAAAAGUCAGGUUGUACUGUACCUGUUCAUAGUUAUAAAAGUCAGGUUGUACUGUACCUGUUCAUAGUUAUAAAAGUCAGUUGUACAGUACCUGUUCAUCAUUAUAAAAGUCAGGUUGUACUGUACCUGUUUAUGGUUAUAAAAGUCAGGUUGUACUGUACCUGUUCAUAGUUACAACAGAGAGGUUAUACUGUACUUGUUCAUAGUUAUAAAAGUCAGGUUGCACUGUACUUAUAUUUGUUAGAAUCAAAGCAUUUCAUAUGAGUAAUUCUUGUACUCACAAUAUUGUUAAGUUUAUCUUGUUUUGAAAUCGUAUUUUUGAGCUCUCUGUUGUGGUAAAUUUGAAAUUUCAGCUAUUAAAUUUGUAUUAUUACAUUUUGUAUUUUGUAUGUCAUGCAUAUUGUAUUAACAUAAAUUGGUUUUGAAUAAUUUGAAUUUGAACUUUAAAAUUUUGCUAACCUUCUUAAUUUCAAGAAGAAAUUUUAAUUCUUUAAAUUUCGAAUAAAAUAGUGUAACUUUU